UCUUUUAGUUCACAUACGUAGCAACAAUGACCCCUCUACGAAAUCCCGGCCAUUGCGAUCACUGAACCACAACAGGUAUAACAGCAAUCAUCUCCGCUCUUCAAAAUCGAGGUCUGAAAACGCUUCGACGAACGGGCGACAUUUUGGCUACCCUUGUUGAUUCUAGUGACUGAGGAUCCUCCGUUUGACCUGCCAAGUUCAGAUCAUCUAUCAAAGUCGUUCCUCCUUAGCUCGGUAAAUCUCAGUUCUGAAAUCCUUUUUAGAUGCUUUGUUCUUCCUUUCAAACAAACCUCUCAAAGGGGAUAAAAUCCCAAAUACAAAUCUCAAGUUCCUUUUUGUUUUUUUUUUUGGGUCUUGUUAAUACUUGCCGGUUGAUGCUUCUGCUGCUGCUGCUGCUCUUCAGUUGUGUUUGCCUUACUAGUUCUGUUGCUACUUACUUCUUAAUGCUCUUUGUUUCCUUGGUUUGAUUCUACUAUCUGCUUUUGAUGUUUUUAUUUUUCUUGUAAUCAAUAAGUGAGAUUAAAAAAUACAUAAAAAUUUGUUAAGAAAUUGUUUAAACUAAGAAAAAUAAAUCCUCAAUUUUUAAAAUCGAAUUUACUGGGCACGACGCAAGCAAGUGAUGGGCAGAGAUUAUCCAACCGGAAUGGGUGCGGGUGGGAAAUUAAAUGAAAUACCCAACAAGGUUUGAGUGGGGAACGAGGAUGCGGGGAUGCGACGGGAGAGACAAGAAGGAAUUGCUACCAGCUCCAACAAUGGAAGACUUGACUGACGAUCUUCUGAUUGAAAUCCUGUCUCGCUUGCCAUUCAAAGUUGCAACUCAGUACCAGUGCAUAAACAAGAAGUUCCGGGCUCUCAUCUCUAACCAUCAAUUUGCUGUCAAACAAGCCGUCCAUUUAUAUCUGCGCUCAAGUAUGCUCAUUUGUGGCCGACGGAUUUGUCCUACAACCUUCUACGGCAUUCUUCUCCACCCUCCUCAUGAUGCAAUGAGCAUACCAUCACAACCUCAUGAAGUCCGAAUCUUGGCUUCGUCUAAUGGCUUGCUUCUUCUCCUUUUACGAUCAACCAAUCUAUACUGUGUAUGCAACCCAAUUACUGGGGACUAUCGAAUGCUACGAUGUCCAAAUAUUGGCUUCAAUGAACACGCAGGAUUGGCAAUCGAUUCAAGAACUGUCUCAUCUACUCCACCUCAAUACAAGGUAGUCACCAUUAGCAUUAAGAAGAGCGGGUCUGGGUGGCCCUUACGGUUACGGUACGAGUUUGAAGUAUUCUCGCAGGGUUUCUGGGGAAAAUCCAGCAGAAGUCCAGCUUAUGAAAAUAGUCAAUUUGUGAGUGGCAAAUCUGUUUGUUUAAAUGGUUGUCUGCACUGGCUUCGCAAAGAUGGAAGCGUCAUUGCAUUCGAUGUUGUGGAGGAGAAAUCCCGCUUGAUCAAGAAACCUCCAGGCUUUGAACUUGGAAACAGCACAUGGUUUGGGAUCACGGAUGGGAUGAUCACCAUGGUUUCAGUUUUAAGGAAGGGGAUAGUGGUUUGUACACUCUGUGAUUAUAUUAAAGAAAGUUGGAAGUUCACAACAAAGAUACCUCACAUAGCUAUUGAUGAGAAUGGCUACAAUCAUGUGUAUCCAAUUUCAUUUGAUGGCAUGCAACUUCUUAUGCUACUUAGGCACGAGAGAAUGGAUGGAGAGAUCUUUAAGUAUGAACUUUGCACCAAAUUCUGGAAACAUAUUGGGUCGGUGACAAUGAUAACGGAUUCCUCUCAAGUUUUUGUCCCUUUUGUUCCUACUUUGGCAAAGGUCUCGCUUGUGUCGAGGCGCAGGAUUCCAAUUUGUCUCCAUCAGUUGAGAAGGCUCCUUAAUCUUUCCAUUGAAGUCUGAAGAACAUCUGAAUUGAGGUGAAUUUUAAAUUUUUUAUUUGUUUGCAUUUUUGUUGGGAUAAAGGCUUUGUAUGUUGUCGUUGUUGUUUCUAUUUGUUUGUGUUUUAUUUUCAGAUGAGAACUCAUUUACUUGCUAGCUUGACAAAUUCUAAGUUUUGAUAUAUACAUUACUGAAAACUUUGUAGCCAUGUUUAAUUGUGGGAGGCAUUGUGGAGUUAUGUCUUUCUGAA